UCCAUAACACUUGCAUUAACAGAAACAUUUAUUUUAAACUAUAGGUUGUCACUGCCAAGUUAUCCUUUCCGAUGUAAUUCGUACUCUUUGUGUCCGAAUGUCUGUCUGUCUCUGUCUGUCUCUGAGUCUGUGUGUGGGCGUGAAAUAUAGGCAAUAAGCUGUUCAAAAACGGCCGUAUUUCAUGUUCUCAUCGCCUCUCGUUGACAGCUCUAUCCCAGACGUGUUACCAUGGUGCGCAAUGUUUAUCUAGCGUGUGUGUGUGCGCGCGUGCGUGCGUGCAUGUGUGUUGAGAAAGGGGGAGAUUUGUGACAUCACAGAGAGGGAGAGGGGUGGUGGAAAGCGAGUGGUUGGUGCAGACGGAGAAGAGAGAGGAGAGGAGCAGUUUCCAUCCCGCUCUGGGUGCAACCUGAUCCAUCAAUCCAUGGGAGCAGAGACAUUACCCUUUCCUCUAUAGUGGAGAUCAGUCUGAGUCCAUCUCCUGUCUUGUACCAGGCGCUGGCUGUGCGUAAAACACCGAGGAGAGCCUGGAGUCAAGAAGUGCGCCAGGACGGAUCCGGAGAACCCGGGUCUAUACAGACAGCAGAGGAAGUUUCUGCUCUGCCUGAUGGUUAUCUCCAGAGUGAUUUAGUCAUUUGGUUUGCUUGACUUUUGAUCUCCGUGGUUGGAGAGGAGAUGGGACACCGCCAGACCUGAGGGCAUUUCUGGAUUGUGAGUGUACGGUUUGGCUACAGUGGAGAGAAAGAUGAAGUUCGGUAAGAAGAGCGUCUGUGUACUGAACGUGGGGGGUACCCGGUACGCCUUCCCUGGCGAGGUGAUCCGUGAUUUCCCACUUCAGCGCGUGAGCCGCCUGCACGCCUGUGUCACGGAGAAGGAAGUCCUCGAGGUCUGCGACGACUACGACCAGGAUAGCAAUGAAUUCUUCUUCGACCGGCACGCGCAAGCCUUUGUCUUCAUUAUGCUCUACUUGCGCUCCGGAAAGCUCCGAUUCGUCCCGGGAGUGUGCGCGCUCUCCUUUUACAGCGAAAUGCUGUACUGGGGGCUUGGGAGCGCGCAUCUGGAGUUCUGUUGCCAGCGGAGACUAGACGACACCGGUUAUUCCGAAGAGGACCUGAUUAUGCGCGCGGAGGACAACGAGUCCCGGAGCGAGGUGGAGGUGGAGAAAGGAUCAGGGUGGCUAGAGUGGAUGCGUCGGACCUUUGAGGAACCGGGGUCAUCGGUGGCAGCUCAACUCCUCGCUUUGCUGUCCGUCAUCUUCGUCAUCAUCUCCAUGGUGAUGCUGUGUAUGAGCACGCUGCCAGAUUGGAACACCGCAAAACACAACACAGUGGAAGAGCACAGGAUUGUGGAGGCGGUGUGUAUCGGUUGGUUCACAGCGGAGUGUGUGGUGCGUUUCCUCGUGGCUAAGGACAAGCUGGUCUUCCUGUGUCGGCCGCUGAACCUGAUCGACGUGGCGGCCAUCACACCUUACUACGUCUCAAUGGUGAUGCCAGGCGGAGCAGGGGGAUUGUCAGGCGUCGCCGGGGUAACCCUGAGGGUUCUGAGGAUGAUGCGUGUGUUCUGGCUGGUGAAGCUGGCCAGACACUUCCUGGGACUGCAGACUCUGGGGAUGACGCUACGCCGCUGUCGUCACGAGAUGGCCACCCUCGCCAUUUUUCUUACCGUUGCCACGGCAAUAUACAGCGCAUUGGCUCAGCUGCUGGAGCAUGGCCUUGACCCUGACCACCGUAACCUUGACGACCGCAGUAACAGAGGAGGAGACUAUGCCAGCAUCCCAGCUGCCGCAUGGUGGGCUGUCAUCUCCAUGACGACCGUUGGUUACGGUGACGUUUACCCAGUAACGGUUGGUGGGCGCAUGCUGGGCGGGCUGUGUGUGGUCAGUGGCAUCGUUCUUCUAGCGUUGCCAAUCACCUUCAUCUACCACAGCUUUGUUCAGUGUUACAACGAACUGAAGUUACGCUCCGCUAGGUACACACACACACACACACACUGAAUAUACACACACACAGACAGACAGACAGACAGACA